UAUUUUCCUUAACAAAAAAGGGAGAAGAAAAAAAAAUUGUUUCCUCUGUCUUGAAGUAUUUAGUCGAGAGCUGUCCAAAACAAUACAAACACGUCCAAAAAACCCUCUCUUAUGGGAACAAGAAAGAUCCAAAAGACACAAACACACCCCAAACUCCAUCAAACAGAAACAAAACAUACCCAAAAAGCUUCUCUCUUUUUCUCCUAAAUUUGAUUUGAGUUCUAAAUGCUGAAAUGAUCUUUGAUUUGAAAUUGUGAAGCUGAAAUAUAGUUGGUGGUAACUUAGGCUUUCAGGGACAACAAAGAAGGAGAAAGAUCAUCAUCGUCUAACUUUUGUUUUGUUUGCAGAAAAAAUCAGUUGAAAAUGUAUGAGGAAAGUUCAUGUUUUGAUCCUAAUCCGAUGGUAGACAACAACGGCAGCUUCUGCGCGGCGGAAACAACUUUUCCGGUAAGCCACCAGUUCCAACCACCGGUCGGAAGCACAACAAACAGCUUUAACGACGAUCUUAAGCUUCCAACAAUGGAGGAAUUCUCUGCUUUCCCUUCUGUUAUCUCUCUUCCAAACUCAGAAACUCAGAACCAAAACAUCAGCAACAACAACCAUUUGAUCAAUCAAAUGAUUCAAGAACCGAAUUGGGGUGUUUCUGAAGACAACACUGGUUUCUUCAUGAACACUUCACAUCCAAAUACAACAACAACUCCAAUUCCUGAUCUUCUCAGCCUCUUGCAUUUGCCUAGAUGCUCAAUGGCAUUACCAAGCUCGAAUCUUUCGGAUAUAAUGGCGGGUUCUUGCUUCACGUAUGACCCGCUCUGCCACUUAAACCUUCCUCCACAACCUCCAUUGAUCCCUUCUAAUGACUACUCAGGGUACUUGCUUGGCAUUGAUACCAAUACUACUACUCAAGGAGAUGAGUCCAAUGUUGGAGAUGAGAAUAACAAUGCUCAGUUCGAUAGCGGAAUCAUCGAGUUUAGCAAAGAAAUUAGACGUAAAGGAAGAGGAAAGCGAAAGAACAAACCUUUUACAACAGAACGUGAGCGAAGAUGUCACUUGAAUGAGCGGUACGAGGCCUUGAAAUUACUCAUCCCUAACCCGAGUAAGGGCGAUAGAGCAUCCAUUCUUCAAGAUGGAAUCGAUUACAUCAACGAGUUACGCAGAAGAGUAAGCGAGCUUAAGUAUUUGGUUGAGAGGAAAAGAUGUGGUGGGAGACACAAGAACAAUGAAUUAGACAACAACAUUAACAACAACAACUCGAAUGAUCAUGAUAAUGAUGAAGAUGAUAUUGAUGAUGAAAACAUGGAGAAGAAGCCAGAGAGCGAUGUAGUAGACCAAUGUUCAAGCAACAACUCGCUGAGAUGUUCAUGGCUGCAGAGGAAAUCAAAAGUAACAGAAGUUGAUGUUAGGAUUGUUGAUGAUGAAGUAACAAUCAAAGUUGUGCAAAAGAAGAAGAUUAAUUGUUUGUUACUUGUCUCCAAAGUACUUGAUCAACUUCAGCUUGAUCUUUACCAUGUUGCAGGAGGACAGAUUGGUGAGCAUUACAGUUUCUUGUUCAACACCAAGAUUUAUGAAGGAUCAACAAUAUAUGCAAGUGCAAUAGCAAACAGAGUGAUUGAAGUUGUGGACAAACACUACAUGGCUGCUCUUCCCAUAAAUUACUAGGCUAAUUUCGUCUAUUUUCUGACUUUUUUUUUUUCUUUCUAAAUCCAUGUU